UUUCUGAGACAGUUCAAUGAUGGAAACUUUUGGUUUGUGCUUCAUAAAAGUGAUGUGCAGCAGACGGAUGAGGAAGUCCCGAGCAGCAGAGGGAAGUGGGCAGAGCCCGGUGAGAGGUGGGAGCUGCUCAGGCAGCGUUCUGUGGUUGGAGCGACUGAGGCAGACGUGGGAUCACACACACACUGACAGUCAGUCACAGCAUGAAGACGCCUCCACACGACAUGGAGGCUCCAGGUCUCUGCCUGCGGCUCUCGAUGCUGCUUCUGGUUCUGCCGGGUUCACGCGUGGAGAGCAGCGGUGAGCAGCGUCUCACACACGGCGCCCGUUCAGACCUGGUCCUCCUCCUAACGUCCUCUGACUCGCUGACAGACGCAGACUUCUGGGCCGUCACCAGCCGCCUGCAGUACUUCCAGUACGAGGCCGUGUCCUUUCACUGCCAGGGUCUGAGCGGCUCCUCUCAGCUCCGAGGCCUCAGGAACGCCGAGGGCUUCCUCACCCUGUGUGACCUCCAGAGCCCGUGGAGCAGCUUCUCCUGCACCGUGGAAACAGCCUAUCCAGGAGACAGCGGCCGCUACUGGUGUGAGACGGAGACGGGGCAGAGGAGCGGCGCCGUCAACAUCUCCGUCACCGCCGGGUCCGUGAUCCUGGUGAGUCCGGUCCUUCCUGUGACGGAGGGCGUGAGCGUGACUCUGCGCUGCAGACAGAAGGUUUCCUCCAGCUCCACAGCUGAUUUCUACAAAGACGGACGGCUCGUAGCAAGAAGCUCCACGGGGGAGAUGAGCGUCCACAGCGUGUCCCAGUCUGAUGAAGGACUCUACAAAUGCAGCGUCCCCGGAGCAGGAGAGUCCCCCCAGAGCCGGCUGCUUGUCAGAGCCGACGCCGUGGUCCUGCUCUGUCCCGUCCUGCCUGUGAUGGAGGGCGUUAAUGUGACUCUGCUCUGCCGUAAGAACAGCAUCUCUCCCAACUCCACAGCUGCUUUCUACAAAGACGGCGUCUUCCUGCGGAGCAGCGCUACAGGGAGGACGACGCUGCACAGCGUGUCCAAGGCCGACGAAGGCUUCUACAGCUGCAGCCUGUCUGGAGGAGGAGCGUCAGCGCCCGGCUGGCUGGCUGUUAAAGCCCAUCACAGAGACGCGUGUUCCUCAGGCUUCAACCACGCCUUCCUGGUCCUGAGAAUUGUUCUGACUGUGCUGAUGUCUGUGCUGCUGCUGGGUCUGCUUCACUAUGGGCACAGUCAGAGGAGAUAAGUCUUCAAAGACUUUGGUGAAGUAGAUGAUGUUUGACUUUCUCACAAGUAAAGCUUAAAACCACAGUUUCUGACAGAUGUAGUGACUAUUUUUAAAUGGCUACAGGUCUGUUUUAUCAGUAGACGCUGGUCUGUGGUGAAGUUUUAAAUGCUUCAGCUGCUGCUUUUAAUUUCAGCUUCUUAGACACAUAUGCAGUUAAAACCAAGAAAGUAAUAGUUGGUCAGUUUAUGUGUUUGGUUCUCAACAGUGGUUCUACACACUGAGCACAUUUACCUUCAUGAUAACUGUGACCUGUUUAGUCUGUGUGGUUAAAAUUUUGCUUUGUCGUCUCACAGUUUUAAGAAGACACAACAGUGAGAUAUUAAAACACAAGAUUCAAAUGUCAAAUAUCAAAUGUUUGGAUUUGUAUUAUUUUAUUUAAUUUUCAAAUAUGUGUGAUUCGAGUGAAGAGCUGCAAGUACUUAAAAAUAAAAAUAAGACGUACACUGA